AGCUUUCGUGGGGUAAAAGCUUUGCAAACUUGAUAAAUCAAUAGGAUAAAACAGACCCGACGUUAGUCUUACUCAACGCGUACACAAGAAGGAUAAUAACGGUGCAACAUCGUAGCGGCGAGUAUUUUUCGUUAUUUGGUUAAUUUCCAAGAAAAUCCCUCUUUAAAAGAGGUUCCAACAGGAUAACACAACACAAAAAGCAGGCAGCUUCGAAGCCUUAGCAAAAUGCGAGGACUCGUCGAGGAUACGAAGAAGACCAAGCUGUCGUCCAGCGGCAACAAUAACAACAACAACACCAGCACCAGUGGGAGCAGCACUCGCCUCAAGUCUGGCGGCACUACGGCAGGCAGUGCCAGUGGCAGUUCCACUUCCAGUUCAAAGCCACUAAGGAGUUCAGUGAAAACGCCAACAAUGAGCACACCAGGCGGAGGAAUUGGAGCAGGGGCUGCAACCAAGAAGGCGCCUCAACAACAAGUUGGCAAGGCUGCCAAGACGGCGACAACAACAGCAACUGGGGCAGCAGCAGCAACCAGGGCGGCGACAGCAACGUCAGCCAAGUCACAAAAGGGUCAGAACCCACCCCCACAGCCAGUGCAGACACCAAAGCAGCAACAGCAGCAGCCACAGCAACCCCUGGUCGUGCCACCACAGCAGCAGCAACAGCCUCUCCAGGCGAACAAUGGCAGCACCACGAUUGCUCUGCCAAAGGCCUCGCAUGCCAAUACCAGCGAGGAGCUGGCCGGCGGCGUCCAGGACACCAUAUACCUAUGCAACUUCCGGGUGUCCGUCGAUGGCGAAUGGCUGUGCCUCAAGGAGCUGCAGGACAUUGACGUGGCCGGCGGAACUGGAAGCCAGCAGCAAGCGCACACCACCACUGAUGUACUGGGUGGCACAGGAAGCUCCAGCCACUUUUCCAGUGGCUCCAACUCCAGCAAGCGCAACAGCAAGCGCUUCUCUGGACUGUCCACUGGCAGCACCAGCGGUGGUGGCGGCAACGGCGGCGGCGGAGGAGGUGCCCUGGACAUCACGGACAAUGGUAUUAUGGCAAUUGAAAACCUUAUCGGCCGCAGGCUGUGCGACAUGGUCCACAGUGGCACCACGGCACUCGGCUCCCAGCCGCACUCCCAGUCGCAGCACCAGAGUGUCGGCCUCUUCGCCGAGUGGUCGCAUCUCUCCCGGGACACGGCGGAGAUCGAGCGCAGCAACCUGGUGAACAUCUGCAAGCUGGUGGUCAAGGAGCUGCUGGAGCAGUCCUUGCGCUAUGGCCGCAUGCUGGAUUCAGACCACUUGCCGUUGCAGCACUUCUUCAUCGUCAUCGAACAUGUGCUGGGACACGGCCUCAGGCCCAAAAAGGGUCUCCUGGGACCGCGCAAGGAGCUUUGGGACUUGCUGCAGAGCGUCGAGCACUACUGCCCGGAGGCACAGGACAUUACGGCCAGCGUGAGGGACCUGCCCACGGUGCGGACUCACAUUGGAAGGGCCCGGGCCUGGCUGAGGAUUGCCCUCAUGCAGAAGAAGCUUUCGGACUACCUGCAGGCACUCAUCGAGCACCGGGAGGAUUCUCUGUACGACUACUACGAGCCGCAUGCGCUAAUGAUGAGCGACGAGAUCGUUGUGAUAAUGGGCAUUCUGGUGGGCUUAAACGUGAUCGACUGUAAUCUCUGCGUCAAGGAGGAGGAUCUGGACUCGCAGCAGGGUGUCAUCGACUUUUCCCUGUACUUGCGCUCCAGCUCAAGAAACGCGGAUGCCGCGCCGGAGGACAGUGCUCCGCCGGCGCUAUUGGAUGCCACCGGACAAGGCAAUAUGAUUGCGGUGCUGGACCAGAAGAACUACAUAGAGGAGCUCAACAGGCACCUCAACGCCACUGUGGGCAACCUGCAGGCCAAGGUGGAGUCCCUUACGACCACGAAUGCCCUGAUGAAGGAGGACUUGGCCAUCGCACGGAACAGUUUGCUGGCCCUCCAGGCCGAAAACCAGGCUAUGCGCCAGUCCAGCCACGGAGGGGAUAACAACUCCACUGGUUCGGGGGACAAGGAUAAGAAUAAAGACAAGGAGAAGGCUUCCGAAGAGCUGGUGGAAGAGCGCCGCAAAACUGGCGAACUGGAGAAGGAACUCAAGCUGCAGGUGUCCCUUAAGGCAGAGUCAGACAUGGCCAUGAAGCUGUUGGAGAAGGACAUCCACGAGAAGCAGGAUACGAUAGUCUCGCUUCGGCGCCAGCUAGAUGACAUUAAGCAGAUCAACCUGGAGAUGUACCGCAAGCUGCAGGAAUGUGAAGAUGAACUCACACAGAAGGGCGAGAUGGUCUCGCGCCUGCAAACGAAAGCCUCACAAAUUGGUAACAUUUUACAAUCGCUAGAAAAGAAGUACGAGUCGAAGCUCGUCGACAACCAGCAGCAGCACCAUGGACCGGGACCGGGACAGGGAGCUGGAGCGGGAGCCAUUGGUGGAGACCGUUCGCCCAACACACGGCGACAGCAGAAUUUGGAGAAGUUCGAAGCGCUCACCAAGAAGCACAAGCAAGACGCUGGUCCUCCCAUGAAGCGAAUGCACCUCAAGAUGGACGCCUUUCCGCCCUUUGAUCCAGCCAAGUACAGGAAGUCGCCGCGUCAACCGGAGCCGCCGAAUUCACAGGAGUUGCAGGAGAGCAGCAAGGACGUGAAGACGCCCACAUCUGCCAAGUCCCUUAACGAUGAACUGGCCGAGGCCGCGGCUGCGGUGACCCAGCACUUUGGGUCUGGCGAUGGAUCGCGCAGUGAUUAUGUCCUGUGCCGGGAGCAGAAAGCCACUGCAGACACUUAAGUCCCUGAACAAAUGUAGAAUAAGAUGAUCCUCUGUCGAUAUAUGUAAAUGGCCCAGUUUCGAAUUUCACCCUCACAGAACUUGAUAUCGUUUCCCUUUGUUAACUUUUCUAUUUGAUUUUCCUGAAAGGGAAACUAAAAUUAGGUUUAUUACCAAAAUGGAUUCAGUGCCUGACUGCAUUUAUACCUAAGGAGCCGGUAUAUCGUUCUUUAAGUGAAGGAAGCUAAAUAUCUCAUCCCUAAUUCAAAUGAAUUCCAUUUGUCUAAAAUCAAUUAUGUCUAUUUAUUAAGUUUUUUUGACUUUGAUCUCAAAUUAAAAGAUUAAAACAUGAAUAUCGAAACAGGCGGCCUAGAAUGCUCUCUCAAACCUUUAGCACUCAAAGUCAGCGUCCAGUUCCGAACGGGACAUAAGGUGCAGCUUCUUCACAGGAUCCCCCAAAACUAUAGACUCCCUAGCUUUCUAUAGGUAUUGUGUGUGUACGAUAUAGAAUGCCUUUAAGCCGUAGACCAGAUCUCCCCGAAAGUGGAUUGAAUACAAAUUGUUAAAGGUUAUAUUAAUUACAAAGUAUGCAACAUCUGUUAGCUGAAUUAUCUUCCCAGAGUCAGAGUCCCCGCGUAAACAAAGAUUAUAUAUACGAUGAUUAUACUAAAUAAAGACGUAUGUAUGUAUAUAUGUAUAGUGCGAUUAGAGGAGGCUUCAGAGAUGUUUAUUAUACAUAUGUAUGUACAUAUGGAUUCAACCCCCGCGCAACCGCUUAAAUAUAAUGUAAUUAUACACUCCGCCUAGUCGAAAACAACAAGUAUUGUAAUUAUAUAAAUAAAUAUUGAGACUACCUAUAUAUGAAUAUACAAAUCUAUAUAUAAUGUAACUCUGCUGUGGAGCAUCAGCCUCUGUAUUCUAGUGCUCGUACUCUUCUAAAUCGAUCCCAGAGAAAUAAAAAUUAUCCGAAUC